GAGGAUGAGGAAGAAGAGGAAGAGGAGGAGGAGAAACAGGGGGUACAUCUUUUCAUAGACCACAGCGCUGAAGAGGAUAAUGGUGAGGAGGAGGAGGAUGGCGAGGAGGAUGUAGAAGGUGAAGAGGAGGAGGAUGUAGAAGGUGAAGAGCAGGAGGAUGGAGAAGGCGAGGAGGAGGGUGGAGAAGGCGUAGAAGAGGAGGAAUAUGAUGAGGUUGAGGAUGAAGAUGAGGACCUCUCCAUGGAAAGCGACUUGGAGGAGCGCCGUGAGGACACCAAGCUGCCCCACGAGCUCUCCUGGGGCCAGCGCAAGCAGCUCUACUACGACACGGACUACGGGAGCGACGCCCAGGCCAAGGGCAAGCGCAAGCAGCAAGAAAUCGAUGCUGAGGAGGAGGAAGAGGAGCAGGAGGCUCAAGUCAUCCAGAGGAGGUUGGUGCAAGGCUUGGGGGAGGACGAUUACGGGCUGGAUAUGAUCCAGGGCUACCUGGCCGAGCAGCGGAAAACCCAAGAUAGCAAGGGGCAGAAGAUUGACAAGGAUUUGCAGGCCCUUCCCAAGAAGGAGCAGCUGAAGCUCCUGAAGCAGGAGUCCCCCGAGCUCCUGCAGCUGAUUGAGGACUUUGAAGUCAAGCUCAUGGAGCUGAAGGACGAGCUGCACCCGCUGCUCCAAAUGGUCCGCAACGGGACCAUCCCACAGGGGAAAGGCAGUCGGUACCUGCAGACCAAGUACCAGCUCUACCUCAGCUACUGCGCCAACAUCAGCUUCUACUUGCUUUUGAAGGCCAAGAGGAUGGCUGUGCACAGCCACCCCGUCAUCGAGCGCCUGGUGGCUUACCGAAAUCUCAUCAACGACCUGGCCAUCAUCGAUCAGAAGCUCUCCCCGCAGGUCCGCGUCCUCUUGAAAAGCUACUAUGACAAGAAGGAGGACAAGUUGAGGAAAGAGAAGAAGUUCGCCGUCUUCCUCCCGCUGGAGGUUAAGAAGAAGAAGGCCAAACGGGCUCCUGCGCUCGCCAACGGCCGGGGGGCGGCUGAGGAACCCUCGGAUGAGUCGGACCUGGAUGAAGAAGCUGCCUUGAAAUAUUAUAAGGUGAUGGAGGAGAAAUUGAAACUCAAGAGGAAGAGAAAUGAAGACCACGAGGGGCUUGAAGAAGAAGAAGAAGCAGCGUUGGAAGGCGAGGACCCCGGUAAGAAGAGAGGUGUGACCUACCAGAUGAUCAAGAACAAAGGCCUCACGCCCAGAAGGAAGAAGAUCGAUCGCAACCCCAGGGUGAAGCACCGGGAGAAGUUCCGACGAGCCAAGAUCCGCCGCAAGGGCCAGGUGCGGGAAGUGCGGCGGGAGCUGGAGAGAUACUCCGGGGAGCACUCGGGCAUCCGCGCCGGGGUCAAGAAGAGCAGGAAACUGCAAUGAGACUUAUUUAUCUCUCUUUCCGAGAGCUGCCCGUAGCACUACGGAGUCCAAUAAAUUUUUUUAUAAAAGAUA